UGAAACAGGAGUUACAGGCGGUGAUUACACCUCAUCCCUCCAUGGCAGUUUCUAAAUGCACCCGGCUGACCGGUCCUCUGACCCGCCAGCUCCUGGACUCUGUGGACACUGUGCUGUUUGACUGUGAUGGGGUGAUCUGGAGGGGAGAUCAGGCCAUUCCUGGUGCUCCUGAGGUCAUCAACUCACUGAAGAAAGCCGGAAAGAAGGUUUUCUUCGUGACUAAUAACAGCACAAAAACCCGCAGAAUGUACGCGGAGAAGCUGAGCAGGCUGGGCUUCGACUCCACCCAGGACGAGGUGUUCGGGACGGCGUACUGCUCUGCUGUCUACCUCAAAACCGUCUGCAAACUGGACGGUAAAGUUUACCUGAUCGGAAGCAACGCGAUGAGACAGGAGCUCGAAGCGAUGGGAAUCGAACCGAUCGGGGUGGGACCAGAUCCUGUCACGGGAGCACAGAAGGACUGGGCCGGUGUCCCUCUGGACCCGGAGGUGAAGGCCGUCCUGGUGGGUUUCGAUGAGCAUUUCAGCUAUAUGAAGCUGAACAGAGCACUGCAGUACCUGUGCCAGCCUGACUGCCAGUUUGUGGGCACCAACACUGACACUAGACUUCCGCUCGAGGGGGGCAAAGCAGUGCCAGGAACCGGUUGCUUGUUGAAGGCUGUGGAGGUGGCAGCACAGCGCCAAGCCCAAGUGGUCGGGAAACCCAGCAGCUUCAUGUUCAAAUGCAUCGCCGAACAGUUCAGCCUCGACCCGAACAAGUGUCUCAUGGUCGGGGACAGACUGGACACUGAUAUUAUGUUGGGGUCCACAUGUGGUCUGAAGACCCUUCUAACCCUGACCGGUGUGUCAACAGUAGACGAUGCAGAGGAGCAUCAGAAAAGUGGCUGUCCCACUCGACAAGGAAUGGUGCCUGAUUACUAUGUCGAAAGCAUUGCAGAGAUUUUACCCGCCCUUCAAGGAUAGAUGCCAGUAUUGAUCAUUUGACUUGUAUCUUUCAUGGAAGGUCAAUCAAAAGGGAUACUUAUAGAACAAAAUUAAACUGAAGUGUUGUUUACAAAAUGCAGGAACCACUUUGUUCUUAAUUCAGUUCUUGGUGUUCUGUAAACACUUGACCCAGAUUAUUGAUGUUUACCUGUUUCAGGUGUGUUAAAAAUCCACUAACACAUCUGUCUGGAUACAUAC